GCCAAACGCCGCACGCGAGACUGUAGCUUCUACAAGUAUAUAUGAAUUGAAUUCGAAUAGCAGUAGGUAAAAAGUUUUUUUACAAAUAUAUAAUUACGUAUUUCAAGCUGAAUUGUAAUUUUUGAUAAUUUUAGAUUAAACGUCCGCAUUCAAAGAAUCUGUAUCGUUUCAAACUAUUUGGCCUUGUAUUGUUUAGCCAGCGUGUAGUUACGUACUAGUUUGAAAUUACGUCAUCGAAUAAUAGAUUACUCAGUUUCGCUAUUAGGUUACGAAAUCGUAGCGAUAUUUAGUAAAAAUUUAAUAAAUAUUUCAUAAUUUUUGAAAUGUUCGUUAAGACCAGAUCACACUUAUCAGUUAAUUUAGAGAAGUGACGCUUAGCUUAGGUAACAUGUCGAGGAUCAAUGACAUACAAACAUAACCUAUUUGUACAACACUCAUAGCGUGUAGUAAAGCCGUGUUUCGUAUAUGUAAUACUCUACUCUUAUCUGGUCUAGUAUUAUACGACUUGUAUUAAUAUAAUUUGGUGUGAAAGUGUAACAAACGGUUCGAGUUGACACUGCUGAAAGUGCAAAUAAGGAUGGGGAAAUAUUUAUUACGCCAAGCUAUUUUGUUCUCUAAGGUGGUUGAAUUAAAACCGACUUCAUCACUAUUUGGAAAUAUUAGUAGAAAACUACACACUGAUGAGAUUCCUGUUAAAGAAAUCGAAAUACCAGUGCAAUGGGGUCGCCUAUCGGCAAAAUUAUGGGGUACAGACCAACGCAGACCGAUAUUAGCUUUACAUGGAUGGCAAGAUAAUGCAGGCACCUGGGAUCCAAUUGCGCCUAUGUUAUGUAAAAACCGCUCCAUAUUAGCCCUUGAUUUUCCUGGUCAUGGAUAUUCUAGCUGGAUCCCUCCAGGUAUGCAGUACUAUUCUUGGGAACUACCACGACUCAUCAUGUACCUGAAAAACUAUUUUAAAUGGGAUAAGGUUUCAUUAUUGUGUCACUCUAUGGGCUCUAUAGCGGGUAUGCGUUACGCGAGCGUGUGCCCUGACGAUGUCGACAUUUAUAUUGCAAUAGACAGCCUUAUUUACGACGACUACGAUUUACAUUUAGUGGUUGACAAAUAUCCAAAAAUUUUGGAGAAGAGCCUUUUCGCACAAACACGCUUAGAAGAAGAACCACCGUCUUACACGUUAGAAGAAAUAACAAAGCUAUGGCACUUAGGAACAACAAAGUCAGUUGCGCUUGAAAGUGUACAGCAUUUGUUGAAGAGAGGGGCAAAAGAAUCAAAACGCUAUCCAAAUAAAUACUAUAUCUCGCGAGAUGCCAGAUUGAAGUACACGUUGUUUAAUCCUGAAAGCAAAAAAUUUGUAGAGGCUCUGAUUAAGAGACUGAAAGCUCCAACACUGUACAUCAAAGCGAUAGACUCGCCUUAUGCGUCAGAUGCUUUUUCUGUGGAAAUGCGGGAAAUAAUCGAAACAAACAAUGAUAAAUUCGAGUGUCACUUUAUCCCUGGCACGCAUCACGUACACCUCAAUAGUCCAGAAACAGUGGCACCUUUAAUACAAUCUUUUCUACAAAAAUAUAAUGUACCAAUUUAAAAAUUUCUAAAUGUGAAUUUGUAUGUAGACUUAACAUAUUUAUUUCACGCCGAUUACAUUAAUCUUUUAGAAAUAAAAAUGCGGGUAUGCAGGUUAGUCAAUUUCAAUAGAUUAAAUUAGGAAAAUCUACAUGUUAUAUUUUUGUUAAAUGUUAAUUAAUUUAUUAUUUAUAAAUUUUAUUACAAGUAACUACUUCGUAUGAUAAACUACAAGAGAACGAUUUUUGUUUUUACCUCGUAUGGUUGAUAUAUUUAUUAUUUGACGUUACUCAUAGCAUACUAAGAAACAUGCAUAUGAUAUACAAUUCCAAAAUUCAUUGAAGAGUAAUUCGUUAUAUUUGCAUAUGGUCCUGGACAAUAUAUGGUUUAAAUAAGUCUUUUAAAAAUAAGUUUUCAUGUGCGGUCAUGAUCAGCUAAGAUAGCCGCCUAUCACGAGACACCGUCAACUAAUUUAUGAUUGUUGUAGCUUGUUGGUUUUAGGGUUUUGAGUACCUGGAUGUGAAAAUAAAAUAUUAUUCUUUUCA